AUGGAGCCCAGCGCGGCCACCCCCAAGCGCCGGCUCUCCGCCAGCGCGGCCGAAGUCUACCCCAAGGCGCGGCGCAGUCUGCAGGACACGUCCCCCAAGGGCUCCCUCGACGCGCGCCCGGCGCGCAAGGCGUCUCCAUCAGUACCGCGCUUCUUCCCGCCGGCCGGCGCCGCCGACGAGGAGGCCAGCCACGUCGUCCCCUCGAGCGUCGCCGCCGCCGUCCUGAACGAGAGCCCGCCGCCGAGCCCCGGCGUCGACGCGGCAUACACGGAAGCACCGCCGAGCCCGCGCCCCCGCGCCGACGCGCCGGCCUACGCGUACCCGUACGAGCGCAAGGAGAGCCCGCGGUACGAGCCGACGGGCUACGAGCCGACGGGCUUCGAGGACGAGCCGCGGGAUAUGGCGGAGCGGCUCGGCUGGAGGCCGACGGGCUACUACGGCGCGGGCAGCCCGUCGCCGAGCCCGCCCCCGCCGAGCCCCCGCGCCGACGAGCUGUCCUACGCGUACGCGGGGGGGCCUCAGGACCCGACGUACAAGACGCGCCUCUGCGUCUACCCGCUGGGCGAGUGCCCGCACGGCGCUCUAUGUAAGUUCGCCCACGGCCAGGCCGAGCUCCGCCCGUCGCCCGCGACGACGACGGCCACGUACAAGACGCGGCCGUGCCGCUACACGCUCGCCGAGUGCCCCUUCGCGGCCGCCGGGCGCUGCCAAUUCGCCCAUUCUCUGGACGAGUUACGGCAGGGCCCGCCGAACCUCGCCCCGGACAGCCGCCUGUCGGCGAAGCUGUACAAGACGAAGAUGUGCCGCUACGGCGAGUCGUGUCCCUACCGCGACGAGGGCCGCUGCCAGUAUGCCCACUCGCGCGACGAGCUGCGGUGCCGCCGCGCGGCGGUCGUCGGCUCGACGUCCCUCCCGGCCGUCACGCCGACGGCGGCCGAGGCGUCCGACCUCCUCGAGUACGACACGGCGCCCCAGGCGUGGCCGCCGCCACGGACGCCCCAACGACGCCUGACACCGCCCGCGGCCGACGCGACGACGUUCGGCCUGGCGCGACAUUAUGACGAGAUCGCGAGAAGGCGCUUCACGAAGAUCUGCAAGUACUUCCUGGCGGGGCACUGCCCCUUCGAGGCCGAGGGCAAGUGCCAGUUCGCCCACUCGACGCGCGAGCUCCGCAUCCGGCCCAAGCGCGAGCUCCGGGCCGUCCCGCCGCCCCCGCCCACCAUCAAGCAUUUACCGCCGGCCACGCCGCCGACGCCGGCUCCCAACGAACGUUGGCAGGAGACGGCCGUGCGGCGCGCGUUCACGCCGCCCCCCCUGCCAGACAUCGACGUCCCCGGCGCGGGCUGGGCCCUCGAGGCCUGCGACCCCAACGGGACCUACGACCCCUUCGUCGCCGCCGCGGACGAGUACGCGGCGCAGUACGCGGCCUGACCGACUAGUUAGUGUGGAGCCCUGUC